AUGUGUCAAGGUCCCAAUUGUCUUUCUACCGCAGGCUGGGCAACUUCCACAACUCCGCACUCUACUGCCACUGACCCUGCCGAAGCCGAGGCCCUCCAGUGCUUAGAGCAAGGCACCCAGAAACUGGAAGAGGGUGAUGUGAAGGGGGCGCUCGAGCUCUAUAAACGCAGUGUGGAGAUCAAACGUAAUGCUAGCUCCCUGUUCAAUCUGGGCGUCACUCACUAUCAUCUCAAGGAAUUCAAUGAAGCCAUCGAGGCUUGGAAAGAGUCUAUAGAGCUUCAACCGUCCAGUCCGGAUGCCCACACCAAUUUGGCCAGUGCCUACAUCAUAUCUCCCCUCUCCCGGCCCGAUCUUGCUCUACACCACCUCCGUGUAGCUGUGUCACUGGCACCUGAGGAUGGCGAGAUUGCGUUUAAUCUGGCCGCCGUCUUGGAAGCCUGUGGGCGUCUGGAAGAAGCCUUGGAGUACUACAAGCGCAGCAAAGACUUCGGCGUUGACCGUGCGGCCAUGCACAUUCGUAACGUCGGUGCGAAAAUUUUGGGUCAGAAGCUCAAAGCAGAGGAAGAAGCGAGGAAGUCUAGUUCCAACUCUUCUCAAUGA